AUGACUUCACUUCGAACAACACCAGACUUGACUAAAACACAAGAAAUGACACAUCAAUUGCUCAGAAGUAAGCGCCGAGAACAUUUUUUGACACAACAAAGAGAUGUCAUAUUAAAUCACAUUUUCAAAAAUGACCGUCCCGACUCUGUAACAUGGAAAUACUUCGUUCAAUGCAAAGAACAUGCGAAUCAAGAUAACUGCGCAGACUUUGCAAGACAAGGAAUCGCGCUCUUAGAUCAAUUAAAGAAUAUAGAAGAGAUCGAGGACGUCUUGAAUGGACUCAUCUUCUUAACUCCGUUUUAUUUGUCUCAUCUAUUACUUGUCAACAACACUCUUAUUAUGAAUUAUCUCUUUCUCGAGAGAUGUUGUUCAUUAGUUUUGCAGUUAUAUGCGAGCAUAGCCUAUCAUUAUUACUUGGACGAUGAGAGUGCGACAAAGAUCGCACAAGAACUGAAGUAUAUAAUGAGUGACAAGAUUAGAAAUAGUGUGUGCGACUUACUCAUCUCUUGUAAUGAAGUGAUACUUCAAGUGUUUGAGAAAGAAGGUAUUAUCGGAGAAUUAUUCUCACUUCUCUACGAUGAGAGUGAAAUUUGUGACUUCAAUCGAAUGGUGUGUGAGAGUUCUAAGACUGUGAAUGACGAGUUCGACGAGUUAGAUUUUAAUGAUAAAGAAGCUUUGAUGAGUCUUGACUCGAACUUUUUUAGAGCAGAUAACGAUUUUCUCAUCAAACUCCUUCAAUUGAUUAAGAAACAUCCCGUCCUUGCUCUUUGGAAACAAAAUCACGUCUUAAAGUUACUCUACGAAUUUGUGCCAAAUGGGCCGAAUGAAACGCAACUCUUCUUAACAACUUUAGUUGCGGUAAACUCAACGGAGUUCUCGGCGUGUAUGCCGUUCUUGUUUCGAUACAACACAUUUUUAUCACAGCACGCAAGUCAGUUCCACGACUACUUCUAG